AGGCCGUGUGAGCCCAAGCCCGUCCCUGUGCGCGUAGGUGUCAGGAUGCGGGGUGGGACCCGACAGCCCCUCUGCCCCGCUGCGGGAAGCAGCCAGUGUCCCCACAGCGUCUGACUGAGCCGUUUCUGAGUCAGAGGCGGUGGGAGACGGUGUCGGGGAAGGGAGACUCUGUAUGGAGAAGACGAUGGGGCGGAAGAGUCCUGGGCGGAGAGACACAUGCUAUACGCAGUGAGUCCUCUUUUGGGGGGUGGCAGAAAACCGGCUGCCACGCGAGAUCGAGCCCGAGGAACGGCAUGAGGAAACGGUACGUACCUGUUGUCUAGAAGGACUUGGGUUUGAAAACCGCCACCCACACACCUCCGGACGCUGACACCGCCCACUGUCCAAAACCAGGGGUGAGGAAGAGGAGAAGAAAUUUCUCUUUUUAUGCGUGUAUGAAAAGGAUGUGGACGGGCUCCAACGGUGUCCAUUUCUGCCAAGGACAGGCACUGAUUCUGCUUCCUCUCUGCUCGAACAUUUUUUAGUUUUAUGGAGGGGGGAGAAUAGAAAAUAAUAAACAGUCACUUCCUCAGAUCAACUAUAAAAAUUCACCUCCCCAGACGAACAAGAAGAAACAACAGCAAAGCACCCACUUUGCAUUGAAUCAGGCAGAAGAAAUUCCUCUACAGUGUGUUUCUCCAAAGCUGGAGUUGCAGCUGGGGGUGUGUGUGCUUGCCUUGUGUGCUGUCUCUUUGAGGAGGUGGGGAGGAUUUUCUCUUACGAAUAUACAUUUUUCUUUUUGUGGUAAAACCUGCUGCCUGAAGGAAUAUUAUAACACAUCUCUCUGAAUGGGAGAGACUCAACUGGUGAACCUGUUUUUACCCAAAAUGUUGAUUCCCGGAGAAAUCUGAGGGUGUGCUCUUUUGAGGAAAGAACAACCACUCCAUUAAAGAUGAACACUUUUUAAGUUUUGUGGACAACCAGUCUAUUUUGUAAUUUUUUUCUGGUUCCUGUUUUGUGAUAAAUUGCUCUUAUAACCAUAAAAGACUAUUUUAAAUCAGUUUGUACUUUUGGUGGGGAAGAAGGAAUACCUCCCAAGCAUUUCUAGUAUGACAGCUUUGGUUUCUCAAGAGUUAAUCAGGGCUUGUGUGAUACGUUUACUACCAUUCUGGUAACAAACUUGCCUUUAAAAAAAAAAUUGGGGCUAGUGGGGAGGAUUAUCUUGUCAGAAGAAUAUCUUUGUUUUGGGGGUGUUUCCCUCAUUACAGUCCCUUGAUGACUCCUGGAGGUGGUAGUGGGCCCAUGAAAGACUGUGAAUACAGUCAGAUCAGCACACACAGCUCCUCAUCUCCCAUGGAGUCUCCCCAUAAGAAAAAGAAAGCAGCUCCCAAGAGAAAAUGGGAGGUUUUCCCUGGAAGAAACAAAUUCUUUUGCAACGGAAGGAUCAUGAUGGCCCGGCAGACUGGAGUCUUCUACCUGACUCUGGUUCUCAUCUUGGUCACCAGUGGACUCUUCUUUGCAUUUGAUUGUCCAUAUUUGUCAGAGAAGAUUACACCUGCUAUUCCUGCAGUAGGUGGGAUUCUGUUCUUUUUCGUGAUGGGGACCCUGCUGCGUACUAGUUUCAGUGAUCCUGGAGUCCUCCCACGUGCAACACCAGAUGAAGCAGCAGACCUGGAAAGACAAAUAGGUAACACUGAAGAUAUUGCAAAUGGCUCCAGUUCAGGAGGAUACCGUCCACCUCCCAGAACAAAAGAAGUAAUCAUCAAUGGACAGACCGUGAAACUAAAGUACUGUUUCACUUGCAAGAUUUUCCGCCCACCUCGUGCCUCACAUUGCAGCCUUUGUGAUAACUGCGUAGAACGGUUUGAUCACCAUUGUCCCUGGGUAGGCAACUGUGUGGGGAAAAGAAACUACAGAUUUUUUUAUAUGUUUAUUUUAUCUCUGUCCUUUCUGACAGUCUUUAUAUUUGCAUUCGUUAUCACCCACGUCAUCCUUCGAUCACAGCAAGCAGGAUUCCUAAAUGCCCUCAAGGACAGUCCAGCAAGUGUGCUAGAAGCUGUCGUGUGUUUUUUUUCCGUUUGGUCUAUUGUUGGUCUCUCAGGUUUUCAUACAUAUUUGAUCAGCUCCAAUCAAACAACAAAUGAAGAUAUUAAAGGAUCUUGGUCAAAUAAAAGAGGUAAAGAGAAUUACAAUCCAUACAGUUAUGGCAACAUCUUUACUAAUUGUUGUGCAGCGUUGUGCGGACCAAUCUCUCCAAGUCUAAUUGACAGAAGAGGAUUUAUACAGCCAGAUACACCACAGCCAGCAGCACCAUCAAAUGGCAUUACAAUGUAUGGGGCAACACAGUCUCAGAGCAACAUGUGUGAUCAAGAUCAGUGCAUUCAGAGCACUAAAUUCGUUUUACAGGCUGCUGCCACACCACUACUACAGAGUGAACCCAGCAUAACUAGUGAAGAGCUACCUUUACCAGGAAAGACCACUAUCGGUGCUCCUUGUGCCACGCUAACCCUAGGGCAGCCGACACCACCGUCUUCCAUGCCAAAUCUCACAUCAGAAACAGGUUUGACAGACAUGAUACCAUUAAAAGAGGAACUUGAAGGUCAUCAGUUUCUAACUCCUGAGGAAGCUCCAUCACCUCCUGGUAUGCUGUCAGCAGGGAGCCCUAUAACACACAGCCAUACCAUGCACGUCCUGAGCCUAGCCAGCCAAGAUUCAUUGCAUGAAGACUCAGUGCGUGGUCUUGUGAAGCUUAGCUCAGUUUGACCAAUUUUUAUUGAUAAUAUUAUACCAUAUCAAAGUGGUUGUACAAAUGAAUACCCAACAGGAAAGACUUUACAGUACCACUGUAAGACUCUAACAUGCCUAUAUAAUGAAAACUCUCCCAUGUAAUGGAGUUUACUAAAUAGACAAAUUAUUUUUUCAAUGGAACUAUGGCAUUCUUUUGACUAGAUUGUUAAUGGUUCUGCUUUGAUAGUGACUGCUUCUAUUUUUUAAAUAAAACCAGGGAAGGUCACUAAUUCUGUUAACUGAAGAUCUGGGUCCAGCAACUUGUAAUUCUACCUGUAGGACGGCCUUUGUUACAGUAUAAAAAAAGAGAGGUUUUUGGAUAUGUCAUGUUAUGCAUUUUAUGCUCUUGUAAUACACACUUGUUAAGGCUUACCACACUUGUGGCCAGAAUGAUCUGCACUUACAUGUUAUGCUACUAAUAUUUGAAACAGAAAAUAACCAUUCCAUUUGUUAAUACAAAAAAUGACUGCAGGUAUGGAUUUGCAUGCCACGCUAAGGUAUGUGUUACAGCGGUGUUGGUAUUAAAAGAGAGUGCUGCUUUUUUAUUUGUGAGUUUCAAAGUGCUGUUUCAGUUAAAGACGGUGCAAUAGAUUAACCAAUGGACAACGUUAUUUUUUUCAAUUUAGUAAAUUUUAUUUUAAAUUAAUCAGUGGUGCCUAAAAUAUGGAGGCUACUGAUUUUUAUCAUGCUACAUAUCAUUUAACCUUCUAUUUAAUUGUUUAGAAUAAGGUGUCGUGUUGUGCCAUGCCACAGAUUCUUCCAUUUCCUUUGUGUGAUAAGAUUACCUGCAGACAUCCAAUAAAAUGAAAUCCUGUUUCUUUGGA